CGAACUAACCUCCUGCCGGCGGUCUGCGACUGGAGGACCCAGCUAACCUGCGGCUGUGCGGCGCCACGCUUUGAAACCUACGUGCCCCGGCCCGAGCCAUGUGGCCUCGGCUGUUGUUCCUGUACUGUGCGGCGCUGGUAGCCUUCUGCCUGUGUCAGGAGACGGCUCUGCGCCCUCUGCAUCAGGAGUCCCAGCAGAGCUCUACACGACCACGGCGACAGGUCGCACUGUUCCAGCUGCCUCGGCUGCUCUUUACGUUCUUCAGGGUUCUUAGAGAGACGAGAAAUGAUACAAAAAGCGCCAUACGACAAAUUUCCCAAAUCCUCAACGAUAACAUUCGAGAUGCACCAUCAACAGAGCAGCCUCCCUCUCAGAGCACGCCGCCGGGCGAGGGCGGCGACAACAUGACCACCACCACGGAGUACGUGCUGACGCGCCAGGAGCUGCUGAGGAUCGCGCGUCUCAACAUCCGUGGGCUCGUGCGGCUCUUCAAUCAGGAGGUUGACAUUGCUGUCAACGAUUCGUAUCGCAAUGUGGCACAAACACGUGCCGAGUUCCGCGAGUCUCUCCGGCAAGCUCUGCGGCCAGCUACUACCACGACCACGACGACCACUACGCAAAGGACCACGACCUCAGACAGCAACGAAGUCUAAGGUCGAGCACAGCCAGCGGUUGCUCACAGCUUCAAGAGCGUGGCACAGUGACUUCUUUCAUGGUGACCUUAUUUUCUCUAAGGAGAAACUGUGCAAUUAACAUUCUUCGUAAGUUUAGUGGUAAUACCAUCUCCAUUCCAAACUAUCAUGGUGUACUCUAUGUUGCUGUGAGUGCAAUCGUCGUGUCAAGAGUGAUGUAUCUGAAGACUCACAAAGGUAGUUUCAUGUUGAGGAUUAUCUUAAAAUAUUAAAACGAUGUUUUUAUUGUGUUCUCUUAGGUUGUGAAUACAGAAGUGCCAUUGUCUGAAUGUACAGGGUGCAGCAUAAAUAACAUUUACAUCUAGAAGGGUAAUUCGUACAUAUUUCAGGGAUCUGUGGAUACGUGAAUCAAGAAACCUCUAAAUAAUUAAUUUAUAGAAAGCACUGAUGACACAUUUUUCAGUCAUAAUAUCUACUAAGGGGUCAUCUUUAGUGACAAACACUGAUGAAGACGUUUGCGGAGGUUGUCUAUGGCUUCUGGGAUCAGCAUGAACUAAUGGUAGUAGUGACCUCUGGCAUUUCGUACUAUUGUUAAACGUAUUAGCAGAAUAUUCCGUCGGUUCUUGGUAGAACAACAUUAUAAUAAAUGAAAAGCACCAGUUUGCUUUUGUUCUACAAUAUUGUAGAACAAAAGCAAACUGGUGCUUUCCAUUUGUUAUUAUUAAACGAUUCAGGAGCAGCGUACAUCUAUGAAACGUAACUUUGAAGUGUCCACGAACAAACUUUCGCGUAAUUUCAGAUGACCUAAUGGUACAGUGUAUAUCAAGACGUAACAGAAUGAGAUGACUGAAAAACAUGUCAUUCAAAGUUGAAAACGAACAUACAGAAGCCUAGGCUGUGAAACCAUACUACAGAAAGUUUCAGAAUUUUUUUCAUGUGAUAUCAUCGUGGAGGGAGUGCGGCUUCCACUCGUCGAAUUCAAUAUAACUACAUCUAACAGCUACAUCGAACAUAUAAGACGCAUAUUAUUUAAAUUUGGGUCAGUUACCAAUCGGCCUCCACUCAACAUUUUGUCAGGUUAGUACAAUAGGUAUACAAAAACUGCCACUCGUAAAAUUACACAUCAGAAUAUCAUCAAUAAAGAAUGUUACUAGGACGAUUUUAUUUUUAAAAAUAAUUAAAGCAUUGCUUGUCAGUGGCAUGUAUAAACAUAAAUAACUUUUAUAGUUCCUUUUUUCAUUUGCCUUUUAUGUCGCUACGGUACCUUAUGUUUCAGAGAUAACCUUCAUCACUUUCAUUAAAUGAA